AUGAGCGUGAAUAACGGUGCCGCACUGCGCACUCCGCUAGAAGCGCCCCCUCGAACGGCGCCUGGCAAUGUGCCGCGCACCGCUGCUGGCGCGCCGCUGCACCUUGUGCCUGGCGCGUCCACCGCGCCGCCUACCGCUCCUGGGGCGCCGCGGUUUGCACCUGCGCCGCCGCCGGCACUCCAAAAUGGGUCGGCCGCAGCGCAAGUUGCCGGCCAGCCGCGCCCCAUGGCACUUGCGCUUGCCCGGCCCAGCUCGCCGGCCCAGCGCCCGCCGGUGCUCAUGCCUGUAGGACACUCGCCUUCGCGUGGCCCACCGCCGCCGCUCGGCGCCGGAGGUCGUCCGCAGAUGCUCCUCCAAGCGCCGGAGCGGCGCGGAUCGCCCGGCGCCUUGGCAAGUCCUGCGGGCUUCCAGCCGCGCCCAUUUCCCGGCGCGCGCGCGCCGCCGCCCCUCGGAGCGAUUCCCACGCGCGGCUCGCCCCACGCACAAGGCCGGCCGCUGCUGCUUGGUGGUCCGCAUGGCCCGCCGAUCGUAGCGCCGCGUCCCAUCCAGCCCCGCGCGUUUCCAGAGGGCCAGCAAGCGCACGGGCGUCCGCCCCUUGCGCCGCUGAAUACGCACGUUCUUGGCGCAGCCUCUGCGCCCUCCAGUGCAGGGCUGAAUGCCACGCACAAUCUCCACCUUGAGCGUCUUGCAGGGCUCCGGCCGCAGGGCCCGGCGCCGCUGAACGUGGCAAACCCGCUUGGAGCGCGCCAAGGCAUUUCUACGCUCGCUGGCGGUACCGGCAAUGCGCCGAUGCCCGACGGCGACCUCAAGUCGCCGACGUCAGCGACGCGUGCCUCGCCGACGAACUCGGAAGAGGAUUUCCUGCUUGACCACAGCCAUCUGCAGCCCGGCGAGACGGUCGCGCUUCUUGGCCAUGGCAAGACGCUCGAACUGUACAGAAAAAAUGCAAAGAAGUCGAACGAUCCGCAGCUAAACUACGAACUUGCGGUGUUUAUGCUCGACGUCGCACAGUCGCUGGAGCGUGCGCCGGAGCCGGAGCCAGAGGAGGCGCCUGCGCCUGUGUCCACGCCGGAGCCCAAGCCCAAGCCCAAGAAGAAAAAGAAAAAAGGCAAGAAAAGCAAAGGGAUCGAGACCAAGCUGCCCAAGCUGGCCAAAGACUUGCGCACUUCCACCACCCUGACGCUGUCCAAGUUCAAGCUUCCGCGCGCCUCGACAGAUACGGGAGAAAAAGGCGAUGCAGAGGACGGCGUGGAGCACCCCGAGACUGCGAGCUCCGCCAGCCCGUCGAAAGAGCGCCCCGACGACCACUCCCAGUCCGAGACGCCGUCAGAGGACCGCGACGCACAGGACCGCGACGCACAGGACUGCGACGCACAGGACAAGUCUUCCUCCGAGGAGGAGGAGUCGGAAGAAGAAGUGCACGAAGCCACCGCGCGCGAGCGCUACGCCGAGCCGCGGCGCAGCCCCAAGACGGAGCGCGAUGCGAUCAUCAAAGAGGCCCUUUCUAUUUUGAAAAAGCUCGCCGACCGCGGCCACUGCGACUCGCAGUACGUCAUUGGCGACUGCUACGCCAACGGCCUGUGCAACACCAAAGGCAAGCCCGAUUUUGGCCAGGCGUACAGCUACUUUACCCUCGCCGCCAAGCACGGCCAUCCCGACUCGGCCUAUCGCGCCGGCACAUGCUAUGAAAAAGGCUGGGGGUGCCGCAGGGACAAUUCCAAGGCGGUGCAGUUCUACCGCAAAGCGUCCAGUUUGAACCAUCCGGGCGCGCAGUACCGACUCGGGACUGCCGAGCUCAACGGCGAGCUCGGCCUGAAACGCAGCGGGCGCGAAGGCGUCAAGUGGCUGAAGCGCAGCGCCGAGAGCGCCACGCCCGAGUUUCCACACGCGCUCCACGAGCUGGCGCUCCUGCACGAAAAAGGCGUGCACAAUGUGCUUUUUGCUGACGCAGACUAUAGCUGCGAGCUGCUUGCCCAAGCGGCAGAAAUGGGCUACGCCCCUAGCGCCUACAAACUCGGCGUGAAUUACGAGUACGGCCGGAUGGGCUGCCCCCAGGACGCUGGGCUCAGCAUCCACAUGUACAACAUUGCCGCGCAGCAAAACCACCCCGAGGCGUGCUUUGCGCUCACCGCAUGGUACCUUGUCGGCGCCCCUGGCAUCCUGCCGCAGUCGGACACGGAAGCGUAUCUGUGGGCGCGCCGCGCCGCGGAGCAAGGCAUGGCCAAGGCGCAGUAUGCCUGCGGCUACUUUGCCGAGAUGGGCGUCGGCACACGCCAGGAUUUCCCCGAGGCCAAAGGCUGGUUUCAUCUCGCGGCGCAAAACGGCGACAAGCGCGCAAAUGUGCGCCUCAACAAGCUCUCUGGCUACCAGGCCAAGCAAGUCGGCGGCCAUGCGCCGGACAAGCCCGACGAACUCAAAGCAGUGCCGAUCAAGCCACUCAGUGCGCCGUUCCCAGGCACUUCACAGCCCGUUCAUUCCCUGGGCAUCGUCAAGUACCCCACGCCGAAAGCCAUGCGCGAAACACAAGCCGCCCAGCGCGAUUUGCAGUACCAGGCCAUGAUCGCCGCCGCAGAGCGCGCCAAGGACCCACCCCUUUCGCCACAGCCACGCAGCACGAGCAGCACGCGCCCAAAACCCGAUCCAAACAUGCCGCGGCAGCCCGAAUCGCACCACACGUACGUCGUUGUGAAUUCUACCAGCGGCCAGACGGAGCGCUUGCGUAUGAUCCAAGCUGGGCCCACCAAGGGCUUUGCCAAGCGGCCCGAGCCCGAGCCCGAGCCCGAGCCCGAACCCGAACCCGAGCCCGAACCCGAGCUCAUGCUGGAGACGGGGCCAGAAGGAAAGAAGAAGGGCAAGGGAUUCUUUGGAUUCGCCAAGAAGAAGGACAAGCGCAAGAAGGACGAGGGAGAUGCCUCCGACGCCGCAGCGCCGCCGCAGCCCGACACGUCCGCACAGGCAUCGCCGCAGCUUGCCUCGUCGGCGUCGGGCUCGGUGCCGCCGCAGCCCACAAGUCCCCCGCAAGGCUCGCCGCUCGCCAGCCCCACCUUUACAAGCACGCCUGUAUCGCCGCAGCCCGGCGAAAGUCCACGCUUAAAUGGCGUGCAGCUGAGCCCCACCGGCGCGCCGCAGCUCAGUCUCCCCGAAUUCUCCUCCUCGCGGCCGCCUUUUCGGGCCGCGCAGCCCGAUGGACGUCCGCCGUUCUUUGGCGGUGGAAGGUUUCCCCCGGGCGCAAGGCCGCCGCCGUGGAUGCGGCCGGGCGCAAGACCCUUUCCGCCCGGCGUACGUCCUCCCGGCCCCCCAAAUCGCAAUCCAUUCGGCCCACAAGGCGCACGUCCAGACGGGCCGUUUGUGCGCGGAAUGGGCCGUCCGCCGGGGCCAGGGGGGUCCGCGCCUGGGUCCGCGCCUGGGUCCGCGCCUGGGUCCGCGCCCGGAUCCGCGGCAGGCGCGAAUGCCUCUGUGCGUCCUUUCAGCGAAAGCAUCCGUCCUUCUCCCGUGUCUCCAAGCGCUGUGCCUGCUGGUCGUCCUGGGCCGGAUAUGCGCCCGCCAGGUGCAAUGCCCAAUACACGCCCACUUGCUAUGAAUGCGCGUCCUGGCAUGGCGACGCCCCCUCUCGGACAGGAUAUCCAACCUGUGCGCCCGGGGCAAGGGCAGGCACCUGGACAAGCGCCUGGGCAAGCACCGCCCAGAUCACAGCCCGGCCCCGGGCAAUUCCGUCCAGAAGUGCAGCUUGUGCGGCCAUUCACAGCACGGCCCGAAACGCAAGAGCACAGGCCACGCGAUGCAUUUCCCGUACGCCCUGGAAUGUCUCCUUCCAUGCCUGCGCGUCCCGACAUCCAACUUGUGCGCCCAGCAAGUGAACGGCCGUCCGACACUGCCUACAGUCCCAGCUCCCAUCCUGGCCAAGCCAUGCCGCGCCCAAUGGACCAAGGGCCACCGUCGCAGCCACAAAGCAGAGCGCCAUCCCAAGCAUCGAACCCACAGUCACCACAGUCACGUCCGACCGCACUGGCAAAUUUCUCACCGCCUGCACGGCCCACCCAACAUGCAAGAUUCCAGCAGCCUGGACGGCCGCCGUCGCCAGCCACGGAUCUCAUGGCAGGGCCCAAUGCGGCGCAGACACAAGGCGGUCGGCCCGGCAUGCCGUUUGCUGUGCCGCGUCCCCAGCCAGGCCAAGGACCAGACCAGAUUGUGCGUCCGUCCAUGGGCGGGCAACCGAGCCAAGGCCAGCCUAUGCAGCCCGGCCAGAUUGUGCGUCCGUCCAUGGGCGGGCAACCGAGCCAAGGCCAGCCUAUGCAGCCCGGCCAGAUUGUGCGUCCGUCCAUGGGCGGGCAACCGAGCCAAGGCCAGCCUAUGCAGCCCGGCCAGAUUGUGCGUCCGUCCAUGGGCGGGCAACCGAGCCAAGGCCAGCCUAUGCAGCCCGGCCAGAUUGUGCGUCCGUCCAUGGGCGGGCAACCGAGCCAAGGCCAGCCUAUGCAGCCCGGCCAGAUUGUGCGUCCGUCCAUGGGCGGGCAACCGAGCCAAGGCCAGCCUAUGCAGCCCGGCCAAAUUGUACGUCCGUCCAUGGGCGGGCAACCGAGCCAAGGCCAGCCUAUGCAGCCCGGCCAGCCCCGUCCCUCCAUGCCUGGCGAGCCUGCGCCUCCGUCUGCAGGCGCCCACUCUGUACAUGCGGAUCCAAGGUCCGGCGUGCCUUCGAUGCGUCCUGCACAGCCAAACACACUUCCUCGUUCCGGUGCGCCAGACAGGAUGGCGGACCCCCAAUCUGAGAUGAGCGGGUCGACUUCUUUUCGCAAGUGGCUCGGCAUUUGA